AUGGUGGUAGUGGUUCUGGCGGCGGUGUGGCAGCCGCGGGCGCACACGGCUUCGCGCAUGGCGGCGGCGCUGGCUACGUGGACCGGCGCAGUCCGUGGCGCGCAGUACAUCGGUGUGGCCCAGCGGUUGGCACCAGAUGCGGUGGGACGGAUAGGUGGCUCUGUGCCUGGAUUCCAGGCUCUGAUUGCGGGUGUCAUGCUUCAGCCGCAUGUCCUGUGGGAGCAUCGCAGCGAGUGCCCCGACGCCGCGGGCUGGCCGCCGCCGCCGGUAUGGGUCGAGCACCUUGGGAUGACGCUUAUGCCGAUGGUAGGAGCAUACUUGGUGGGGCGAAUCGGCACGGCGAUUGUUGCGGCGUGUGCCGGAAGCAGGCCGCGGACGUUUGGCGCGCCCCGAGGGGCCGCCGCGCUAUUCCGCGGCCUGCUCGCCCUCGGUGACAUCUUCCUCCUCCCGCUCACCCUCAACGCUGCUGAUGCCGUGCACUGCAGCAACGGGCUCGCUGGUGGUGCCUCGCUCCGGUUUCCGAGCCUGUGGUGCUCGCUGCGGCUCGCCGGGCGCCAACUCUCCGGUCCUGGCGACAUGAGCAGUGGGCAAGGCCAGUACCUAACGAUUGUGGUGAGCUCGGGUGUAGCUCUAGUCGUGCUCCUCAUUUCGCUUCCGCUCUACCACACAUUUCACAUUGCGGUCUGGUCGCGGCUGAACUCGCAGCUCGACGGCCGGCUCAUCGGCCGUGGGGCGUCUCGUGCCUGGGGACAUGCGGCGCUUGCAGCUGUUGGUCUCCUCUCGCUCGCAGCCGUGGCCGCAGUCCGGCCGUACAAGCGGCGGCGUGAGACGGCAGUAUCGAUCAUCAACUCGCUGCUAAUGGCGGCGCUGAUGGUUGCCGCCAUCGGAGCACAUGAUGGGUCGAGCGUGGCGCGGCUGACGCGCACGUCGCAGGCCUCGUACGGCGCGGUGGUUCAGUGCGCAGUGGCGCUGCAGAUCGGCGUCUCGAUCAUCGGCACGGUGGCAGCGGUCAUCGAGACCACUACGCUCAAGUGUCAGCGGGCACCUAGCACCCAGCGCGCUGCUUUGGGUGUUGACAUUUUCGGCGGCGACGAGCCGUCGUCGGUGUGGGCGUCGGAGGGAUCAGGCCCCGAGUCGGACUGGCUCUCAGACGCCCCCGGUGUGCUGCAGCCCGCCACGCCAGUGGCGCUGCUGCGGCAGCGAGCCAAGCUCAAGACGGCGAGCCCGGCGAGCCCGGCCCGGCAUCGGCCGCAGUUUGCCACGCCGCUUAUGUCGGAGCUCGAACAGGCACUGGCGGCGCGGCGCACGCUGUCGAGAGCGGACCGGGAAGCUUCGGCGCGGUACUUUUCACCGCUCUCGCCGCCUCUCUCAGCGGUGGCGCGAAUGGUUGCGCGCGCGCUGCGGACCGGCGACAGCCGGUCGGCAUCUGGCUCGAUGCACACGCCCGCGCCGAUCCUAUCCCGCCCGGCUCCACCGCACUUUAGCGACGAGUCGGGCGAGCUCGAGGCGUGGGACGGAUCUGACGAGUCAGGCGGGUACACGUCGUCUACGGUACUGCUCUCUGUGUAG